CCAUGCCCCAGUGAAGCUGCCUCUUCAUCAGACCUGCAGCCAGCUCUUCUCUCCUCCUCCCCUCCUCUCCUCCUCCUUCUCCAUCCCUCCAUCCUCUCCUCCUCCUCUCUCUGUCCACCAUGCUCCUCUCCUCUUCCUCUCCUCACCUCCUCUCCCUCCUCCUCUCCCUCCUCCUCCUCUCUUCCCCCCUCCUGUCUGCCCCGGCUCUCCCCCCCCCUCCCUCUGCCUCGCCGGGCAGGGUGGUGUACCGGGCAUUCGAUACCUCCCUCACGCACCUCACCGUCCACCGGAGGACCGGCGAGGUCUUCGUCGGCGCCGUGAACCGCGUGCUGAAGCUGUCGGCCAAUCUGACGGAGCUGAGGAGUCACAUGACCGGACCGGUGGAGGACAACGCCAAGUGUUACCCUCCGCCCAGCGUCAGGGCCUGCGCUCACCGACUGAACUCGUCAGAUAAUGUGAAUAAGCUCUUACUGGUGGAUUAUACUGGGAACAGACUGGUGGCGUGCGGCUCCAUCUGGCAGGGCGUCUGCCAGUUCCUCAGGCUGGAGGAUCUCUUCAAACUGGGGGAGCCGCAUCACCGCAAAGAGCACUACCUGUCUGGAGCCAGAGAGGCUGAUGGGAUGGCAGGUGUGGUCGUUGGCGAGGACGACUGGUCGGCCGACCCGAAGAGGAAGAAGCCUGCGAAGGGCGGCAGCCGCCUCUUCAUCGGCGCCGCCAUCGACGGGAAGUCGGAGUACUUCCCCACGCUGUCCAGCAGGAAGCUGGUGGCCGACGAGGAGAGCGUCAACAUGUUCUCGCUGGUCUACCAGGACGAGUUCGUCUCCUCGCAGAUCAAGAUCCCCUCCGACACGCUGUCCCUCUACCCGGCCUUCGACAUCUACUACGUCUACGGCUUCUCCAGCCGCAGCUACGUCUACUUCCUCACGCUGCAGCUCGACACGCAGCUCACGCAGAUGGACGCCGGCGGCGAGAAGUUCUUCACGUCCAAGAUUGUGCGGAUGUGCUCCAACGACACGGAGUUCUACUCGUACGUGGAGUUCCCGCUGGGCUGCACCAAGGACGGCGUGGAGUACCGGCUGGUGCAGGCCGCCUACAGGCAGAAACCGGGGCGCCGCCUGGCCCAGGCGCUCGGCCUGUCGGAGGACGACGACGUCCUAUUCGUCGUCUUCUCACAGGGUCAGAAGAACCGGUCCAACCCUCCCAGAGAGACCGUCCUCUGUCUGUUCACGCUGCACGACAUCAACCUGGCCAUGAGAGAGAGGAUCCGCUCCUGUUACCGCGGCGAGGGGCGACUCUCGUUGCCCUGGUUACUCAACAAGGAGCUGCCCUGCAUCCACACGCCGAAGCAGAUCGGAGACGAUUUCUGCGGCCUGGUGUUGAACCAGCCGCUCGGAGGCCUGAGGGUCAUCGAGGGGAACCCGCUGUACGAGGACCGCACCGAGGGCAUGGCCGCCGUCGCCGCCUACACCUACGGGGAGCACACGGUGGUCUUCGUGGGGACCCGCAGCGGGCAGCUGAAGAAGAUCCGCGUGGAUGGGAUCACACCGCCGGCCCAGAAUGCUUUGCUGUAUGAGACGGUGACCGUGGUGGAAGGGAAGCCGAUCCUGAGAGAAAUGGUGUUCAGUCCUGACCAUCAGUACAUCUAUCUGCUGAGUGACAAACAGGUGAGCAGACUCCCUGUAGAGAGCUGUGAGCAGUACUCCAGCUGCUCGUCCUGUCUGGGCUCCGGAGACCCCCACUGUGGAUGGUGUGUCCUCUUCAGCAAGACUGUUCUUCCAGGAAGGACGAAGAGCAACAUGGAGGGUUGUCCUCAGAUCAUCCCCACCUCUGACAUCCUGGUCCCGGCCGGGAUGGUCCGUCCAAUCACGCUGCGGGCUCGUAACCUCCCCCAGCCUCAGUCGGGUCAGAAGAACUACGAGUGUGUGUUCAGCAUCCAGGGGAAGGUGCAGCGCAUCCCAGCUGUCCGCUUCAACUCCUCCUGCAUCCAGUGUCAGAACACCUCGUAUUGGUACGAAGGGGACGAGGCUGGAGACCUCCCUGUGGACUUCUCCAUCGUCUGGGACGGAGACUUCUUCAUCGACAAGCCCGCGUCUAUGAAAGCGCUGCUGUAUAAGUGCGAGGCUCAGCGCUCCAGCUGCGGCCAGUGCCUCAAAGCGCCGUCGGCCUUCGAGUGCGGCUGGUGCACCGAGAGCAGGAAGUGCCUCCUGCGCCAGCACUGCCCCGCCGCCGAGCAGAACUGGAUGCACCACGGGCGCCACAACCUGCGCUGCAGCCACCCGCGCAUCACCAAGAUCGACCCUCUGACCGGACCCCGAGAGGGGGGGACGCGGGUGACCAUAGAGGGGGAGAACCUGGGUCUGCAGGUGAAGGAGAUCGCUCACGUUCAGGUGGCCGGAGUCCGCUGCAACCCUGUCCCGGCGCAGUACAUCAGUGCCGAGAGUGAAGCCAUCACUGAUCUCCUCCCUCUUCCUCUCUCUCCCAGACGGACCAAUCGGGAGAUAAUCUGCAUAACUCCCGCCUCCCUGUCGGGCUCUGGCCCCGCCCCCAUCCGCCUGAUGAUUGACAGGGCCGAGGUGACGAGCUCGGAGACCAAAUACGUCUACACCGAGGACCCCACCAUUACCGGCAUCGAGCCCAACUGGACCAUCCUCAAUGGCAGCACGCUGAUAACUGUGACAGGAACCAACCUGCUGACCAUCCAGGAGCCCAAAGUCCGAGCCAAGUACGGAGGAGUGGAAACCAGCAACUUCUGUACGGUGGUCAACGACAGCACCAUGACCUGUUUGGCUCCGGGUCUGGUCUACGGGAAACCCAACCCACCAGAGGGGGCGCUGCGCCCCGACGAGUUUGGCUUCAUCUUUGACCAGGUCUCCUCUCUGCUGGUGCUGAACUCCACCCCCUUCACACACUACCCCAACCCGACCUUUGACCCCCUCGGGAAUUCUGGGAUCCUGGAAGUCAAACCCGGGUCACCCAUCAUCCUCAAGGGUAAGAACCUGAUCCCCGCUGCUCCCGGGACGUCCCGUCUGAACUACACGGUCCUGAUCGGAGAGUCGCCCUGCCUGCUCACCGUGUCCGAGAACCAGCUGCUCUGUGAUUCGCCGGAUCUGACCGGGGAACAGCGAGUCCUGAUCAUAGUCGGAGGUCUGGAGUACUCCCCGGGUACGCUCCAUAUCUACUCCGACAGUGCCCUGACGCUGCCCGCCAUCAUCGGCAUCGGAGCGGGUGGAGGUGUGCUGCUCAUCGCCAUCAUCGCCGUACUGAUCGCCUACAAGAGGAAGACUCGCGACGCCGACCGGACGCUGAAACGCCUCCAGCUGCAGAUGGACAACUUGGAGAGCCGGGUGGCGCUGGAGUGCAAGGAGGCCUUUGCAGAGCUGCAGACAGACAUCCAAGAACUGACCAACGACAUGGACGGAGUGAAGAUCCCCUUCCUGGAGUAUCGGACCUACACCAUGAGAGUCAUGUUCCCCGGAAUAGAAGAGCACCCAGUCCUCAAAGAGCUCGACUCUCCAGCCAACGUAGAGAAAGCUCUGCGUCUCUUCAGCCAGCUGCUCAACAACAAGAUGUUCCUGCUCACGUUCAUCCACACGCUGGAGGCCCAGCGCUCCUUCUCCAUGAGAGACCGAGGGAACGUGGCCUCGCUGCUGAUGGCCGCCCUGCAGGGUCGUAUGGAGUAUGCUACAGUGGUGUUAAAACAGCUGCUGGCCGACCUGAUCGAGAAGAACCUGGAGAACAGAAACCAUCCCAAACUACUGCUGCGGAGGACGGAGUCUGUAGCUGAGAAGAUGCUGACCAACUGGUUCACCUUCCUGCUGCAUCGCUUCCUCAAGGAGUGUGCAGGCGAGCCUCUCUUCAUGCUGUACUGCGCCAUAAAGCAGCAGAUGGAGAAAGGGCCGAUCGACGCCAUCACCGGAGAGGCUCGCUACUCUCUGAGCGAAGACAAGCUCAUCAGACAGCAGAUCGACUACAAACAGCUGACUCUCAUGUGCAUCCCUCCGGAGGGCGAGGCUGGGACGGAGGUGCCGGUGAAGGUGUUGAACUGCGACACGGUGACUCAGGUCAAAGACAAGCUGCUGGACGCCGUUUACAAAGGCAUCCCGUUCUCCCAGAGGCCCCAGGCCGACGACAUGGACCUCGAGUGGCGUCAGGGCCGACUGACCAGGAUCAUCCUGCAGGACGAAGACGUGACCACCAAGAUAGAGAGCGACUGGAAGAGACUCAACACACUGGCACACUACCAGGUAACGGACGGCUCUCUGGUGGCGCUGGUCCAGAAGCAGGUUUCUGCGUACAACAUCGCCAACUCCUUCACCUUCACCAGAUCCCUGAGCAGAUACGAGUCGUUACUUCGAACGUCCAGCAGUCCUGACAGUCUGAGAUCCAGAGCUCCGAUGAUCACCCCGGACCAGGAGACAGGGACUAAACUGUGGCACCUGGUGAAGAACCACGAGCACAGCGACCAGAGAGAAGGAGACCGAGGCAGCAAGAUGGUCUCUGAGAUCUACCUGACCAGACUGCUGGCUACCAAGGGGACGCUGCAGAAGUUUGUGGACGACCUGUUUGAGACGGUGUUCAGCACCGCCCACCGGGGCUCUGCUCUCCCAUUGGCUAUCAAGUACAUGUUCGACUUCCUGGACGAGCAGGCCGACAAACGGCAGAUCAGCGACCCGGACGUCCGACACACCUGGAAGAGCAACUGUCUUCCUCUCAGGUUCUGGGUGAACGUCAUAAAGAAUCCUCAGUUUGUGUUCGACAUCCACAAGAGCAGCAUCACCGACGCCUGUCUGUCGGUGGUCGCCCAGACCUUCAUGGACUCCUGCUCCACGUCCGAACACCGGCUCGGCAAAGACUCUCCGUCCAACAAGCUGCUCUACGCUAAAGACAUCCCCAACUACAAGAGCUGGGUGGAGAGAUACUACAGGGAUAUUGCGAAGCUGCCGAGCAUCAGCGAUCAGGACAUGGACGCCUACCUGGUAGAGCAGUCGCGUCUGCACGGCACCGAGUUCAACACACUGAGCGCGCUCAGUGAGCUCUACUUCUACAUCAACAAGUACAAGGAAGAGAUCCUGACGGCGUUGGACCGGGACGGGUACUGUCGCAAACACAAGCUGAGGCACAAACUGGAGCAAGCCAUCAACCUGAUGUCUGGGAGCAGCUGAGAGGAGGGGAGGGACGGAUGGACUGAUAGAUGGA